UGAGUAGCUCAUCUGUCUCCCACCGCCGUCACCCAGCGCGACAUAGAGACUCCCACGUGUAAAGUGACAAGCUCAUCCACUCGGACGCACUUGCAGCAGCUCUCCUCCGCGCUCCGCGGCAGUCGGCGGCGUUCAUCUAAUCCCAUCGACGCGCGCGGCACGGCCCAGACGGAUCCACGCAAGAUGCCCGCCUCAGCGGCCACAACAGCAGCUGCGCACGGCCGCACGCCGUCGCAGGUGUCCGUGCCCGAGCUGCGUCUGACGACAGAUGUCGAGGACAACCAAGCCAUGCCCGCUUCCUCCGCCAUGUCGCUGUCGCCUUCGGCGCGCAGCCGCUCGAGAUCCGGCUCAGGCGCAGGCACCGCGCUCAGCUUCAGCCCCGCUGCAGGGGCCGGGGGCACAGGCAUAGGCGCAUGGUCAGGGUCCCAUGCAGGUGCAGACGCAGGGGGCUCCGGUGCAGCGGCAGCGACUACGAGCGUACCGCAAAUGUACACGCCGCCGCCCAGCAGCCCUAGCAGCGUCAGUCGCCUGCAUCUCAGCAAGGUGACAGACCCUUCCUUCUGGUCUGCACUGCACUCGUUUCUCGAGUUCCACUUCCAGACGUCGAAUGCCCCCCCUACCUCGGCCCAGGCCAAUCCGAACGCCAUGGCCGUGGACCAACCGCCUCCCUCCUCCUCACCCUCCACCACACCAUCCACGACGCGCCCACAGCACAGCCGCACGACGUCGCUGAGCAUACUGCACGCGCGCUCGCCCGGCGAGAAUGAGGUGCAGCGCUUGUGGGAGGACUUCUUCCUGUCCCAGAAGCGACACCUCUCCAGCAGCGAGGUCGCGCGUGUCCGCGACGAGACGGGUAUGCUCGGCCUCGCCGGCGUUUGAUAUGCCUACCCACUUACCUUGUCGGCAGUCUGACAAGCACUUCGGACACCCGGCCAGGCAUUUCGUGUAUGCCUUUCGUCGCGCGGCAUCAGAACACAGGUCGGCAGACUGGGCCAGCGAGCAACUAAACAGGCCUCAGGCGCAUGUGACGGACCAAAAGCGGAUAAGAAAACCAAGACGAAGCACCCAGAAAUACAUCCGUAGACACUUCCAUUCCCAGCAAACAAUGAUUCGUUUACGCUCACAGCGCGCGCGCCACGGUCCUGAUGUGAGCGAGCGACACACGUCCACUGUACUCUAUCUUACGCAGCUUCAGUCAUGCAGACAUGGAACGUGCACACCCGC